CAACUUGGAGUCUUCAGCACACACACACACACACACACGGGCGCCAUUAACGGCUAACGUUGGCUAGCUAUACUACUCCCGUUAUCACUUAUGUCUCCAGCCGUCUAACGUAGGUGUUUCUCAUAUCUCACUGCUUGAAGUAAAAUUCGAAAUACGUAUUUUUCAUAUUUAGUUGGGAAAUAACCAUAAGUGCAUUCACGUUAGCCUGGGUCAGUGACGCUAGUAUCUGCUGCUAGCCACUUAUUCUGUUGAUAUUUCGUUAGCUACACAAUCAUGGAAACGAGCUAACGCUAACCACACUAGACUAGUGUCUCGUGCUAGUUUAUAUGAAUACCACACAUUUGUUUAAAUCACUGCCACUUAAAGAAAGCGAAUGAGUCCGUUCAAGCUACCGUAGCAAGACUAUUUAUGGAAACGUAUGGCGUGCGACACCUCUGUUUAUUAACACACUUGCUCAUUUCUGGGUUCAUAGCGAAUUAUUUUAAUACAGAUACAAGAUCGACUGUAGAGUUUAUCGUAUUCGACUUCAAGAAGUCACUGUGGGCCGAUUGUCGCCCGAACUGAUGCAUCAAUGACCGAGGAGUCAUCAGUGAAGCUGAUCCCAGGCUCAGCGCCUGUGCAGGAGGAUGAGGAGGAAAUGAUGAUCAACAAGGCAGCACACGGCUCAGAGAUGGCUCCAGUACUGUCACACAGCCUUCUUAUACCGGACGUAGAAGAGUCUCAAGGAGAUGCGAAGGCCACGGCUGGUGAGCCUCCUGCUGACUGGUUUGAGCCCCUUGAGGAUUUCGACGAUGGUGAUGAUGCAGAAGAAGAAAGCCUGGCAGGAGAGAGUGAGAGGAGUGAGAGUGUGGCAGGCAGCGAGAAGGCCUUCAAAAAGAUUUACCCGAUUCAUGCUCCUCGGCGAAAGCACUCGCAUCCUGAUGAGGGAUGGGAGGAAUGGCCUGCACUUGGAGAAGGUUGGAAACGUAAAGAAGUUAUUCGGCGAUCAGGGAGCAGUGUUGGUCAGAAGGAUGUAUAUUAUCUAAGCCCAAGAGGUGGACGAGUGAGAAGCCGCGUAGAACUGGUAUCAGUGCUGGAUGGAUACGUCGACAUAUCAACCUUUGAUUACAGGACAGGGAAGUUCUAUGAUGGUGCGGUACCACCGGCAAGGGUUCGAAACAGAGUCAAGAAAAAGAUGCGGGAGCGUUCUUCCUCAGAGUCCAGCUUCAUGGAGAGAGGAGAGGGGGCAGACACACCUGACUCUUACUACAAACCCACACCCACACCCACACCCAGCCCAGGGCCCAAAACUUUGUUUUCCUCUCAGUCAGGCCUCUCCUUGAACAAUACACUGGGCACACCAAAACAAUUCUUGCGCAGUGAUGAUACUCCUGAUUCAAAAGAUAAAAUUAGACUUCCUUUCCCCUCAUCAUCCAAACCACUGCGGCUCCCGUCCAUUAAAGGAGAAUUCGGGUCAGAGGAGAGCACUCUGGUCUGUGCCAGGUGUGGUAUUUCCUUCACUGGCACAUGGUAUGACAAACAGAGGAAGAGGCCUUGCUGUCCCUCCUGUUGGGCAUCUUCAAAGACAAAGGAGCAUCCGAUGAUUCGUUUCAGAAAGUGGAUUCCUUGUGGACAGUGUGUAGGAUGUCACAACACUGUCAAUUGUGGGCAGUGUGCGAAUUGCAAACAUGGAUUGCAGAGCCCCGAGUCCCGCAAACGUAUAUGCCGAAAACGCAAGUGCAUAUGUCCUAUUCGCAAGGGACCUGGCAGCGGGGGCUACCAGCAGCAGACAUCCGAUCAUGACAUCCCCGACAACUUUGAUGACACGAGUUUAAGUCUUCAGAGUGAAUUUGCAGACGCACAGCACCCAAGUUUCAAAAGCAGUGACACGGAGAAUUUCUCUGUCAAUAUUGACGUAGAAGAUGAUGAAGAUAUGUCAACGGACGAUGACGAUGAUUGGCACAAGAAGCGGAAACGACGCUCGUGUGGAGAGUGCAAAGCCUGUAUGUGCAGGAAGGACUGCGGCACAUGUGAUUUCUGUGUAGACAAACCAAAGUUCGGAGGCAGCAACAAAAAGAGACAGAAGUGUCGUCUACGGCAGUGUCAGAGACAGGCAAUGAGACACCUAUUGCCCUUCCAGAUAGGACAAGGAGACUGUAAGCCAGAGGGUCCAAGUCUUCCAGGCAGGCCCAGACCCCACUACACAUACAGUCGCAAAUCAAAUUUAAAGAAAAACAAAGCACCGCAAGUUGGCUUGGACCUCACUGACAAUGAAGAUGAUGACAGUAACUUCCAAUCAAUGAGUUGGAGCUCUGAGCCUGCCAGCAACAGUGAACACAAUGAGCUGGUCACGAGAAACCACCAAUCACCUACGCAGCCAAUGAAUAAUGCCAGAUUGGGACAGAGGAAUGGACAUCUUGACAGAGUUCCCCACAUUGGCAACCAUAAAACCGAUCAGCAAGACCAGGAAAGAUGGGAUGCCGAGAGGUCACACUUUGGCAGAGAUGGUGAGAGGCAUGUUGAAGAGGAAGAGGAGGCACCGAUGAUCACACAGAUCUUCAGUUUGAAUGAUGCCACAGCAGGGAAUGAUGCCGAUAAUGAAAACGACUUGAUGAAACUACUCCACUCUUUGCGCUCCUCCGCUCUGCCGACCCUAUGGUAUGCCAUAAUGGUGGAAGGCCCACAGCUGCAGCUCAUCCAGUGUUCCAAACAGUCCAGCAUGACUGACACCAUGGUGCUGAUUGACCCGGGCUUCUUCUAUCAGGUCACUGUCCAAAAGCAGCCCUUGCUCCCAACCCACCCGUUGUAUGACAACUACCCUCCUUGCUUAACCUCAGCGAAUGAGGUGGUCACUCUGCUGUUGGACCUGGAAAAAUAUGUUGUGUGCCACGGCCUGUCCCCCAAAGAUCCACUGCCUAAUAGAGACCCAAUCAUACUAGAACGGGCAUCCACAUGUGAUUUCUUGGUGAAUAAGAAUGUGAGCAUCUGUUCUAAGUGCAGAGUUCUGCAGGGACUUUAACGUCGGCACAAACAAACUGGGAAUGACGUUUCACAGGUGAAAUUUGUUCAGUUUGUUUCAACAGUAAUAUCAUGAUUUAGUGAUUGCAGGAAUCAUCCAGGUCCCCGUAGCUUUUUGUAGGAAAUGAUACACUCUCUGUAUCAUGUCUCUAUUCUUUUUCUCUAAUUUUAUAUUAUUUGAUGUUAAUUCUGUCCAUGUGAUACCACUUUCUGUUUAAUAAGAUGGUGUUUACUCCUCUAACUUAUUGUUUAUGCAAAUGUUUUCAGAUUAAAAAAGGGAUUGCACUCCUUAACUCACACAAUAGAGCACAAAGUCAAUCAAAGAUGACUUUUAUGCUCCAUAAAAACUGUAUUUUAGAUGAUCUCAUUCUGACCAUGUUUUUAAGUCGCUCAUAGUGCAAUAAAGCUGAGAAACAUGUUCAAAUCUCUAAAGCUGUUUUUAGACCACACUUGAUUGUAAACAGAAAUACAGACUUUUUUUUUUAGAUGCUCUUCAUGGAAAUCAUUUUUAGGUUUUAAUUGCUGCAUAGCAUUGCCUAUUAAACAUAUUCUUGUGUAGUAUCAUGAUGAUGGAUGGUGAUUGUUGACUGUGUAAUGACUCCUCCCCCUAAUUGGAUUAAAUAUCCCUGAGGAUUUUUUGCAUUCUCAACAUAAAUCAGGUUUAUAUAUUUGGGUUUGGGAAAGUGUUUAUUAUUCUUUUACAGUAUGUUAUUUACUUGUGAUUUAACAUUUUAAAUAAAUGCUUUAUUUCCCAAUGGUUGCCUUUUUGAGGGCAAUGUCCAAAUAAACUGUUCUUGUGGUUCCUUUUCAUCA